AGCUGCUGCGCAUGCGCACUCGUGAGAGUACAUCCGGGAACUUCCGGGAAGCCCGUCAGCCAAUAUGGCGGAGUCCUCCUUGGGGAAUUCAAGCCCAGGAGUGUCUGUGGGAUCAGACAGUGUGGAUUUGGACCGGUCAGUAGAGAGAGUGAAUGAGUUUGAGGACGAGCGUACAGGAGAGGACGAGGAGCUGACAAGAGACACCACCUUCACCACAGAGAUAGAGGAGCUCACACGGGAGAGCGAGAUGCCGAUCCAGGAGUUGCGCAGUCUGUACGGCUACGAGGCGUCCGGCUCUCCUGAAGAAGAGGAAGAGGAGGAGGAAGAGGAAGAGGACGUGGAGGAGGAGGAGGAUGAAGAUGAUGAAGUGGAGGAGGGUGAUAAUGAUGAGAGCAGCAGGAGCACUGAGGAGCUCAAGAGGAACAAGGACGAUUGUGUGAAGGGUGUGUCUCAGGGUGUGGACAGUCAGAGUGGUGGUGAAGGCCGAUCUCUUUCUGCUAAAGACCUCAUCCGCUCUCAGAACUGCAGAUACUUUAACAAUAAUGAAGUGGAUGAGGAGUCUGAGGAGGAUGAGGACUACGUCCCCUCUGAGGACUGGAAAAAAGAGAUUAUGGUGGGGUCGAUGUAUCAGGCAGAAACUCCUGUAGGACUCAGUAAAUAUAAAGAGAACGAGCGAGUGUAUGAGAACGACGAUCAGCUGCUGUGGAACCCAGAGUUCCUCUCCGAGCACACGGUGGUGGAGUUUCUAACAGAGGCAUCUAAACGCACCGGGGACGAGACCGGGGUCGACGCCAUACCUGAGGGAUCACACGUCAAAGAUAACGAACAGGCGCUGUAUGAACUGGUAAAAUGUGACUUUGACCCAGAAGAAGCUCUGAGAAGACUGAGGUUUAAUGUUAAAGCAGCUCGAGAUGAGCUCUCUGUCUGGACGGAGGAGGAGUGUAGACAUUUUGAACAAGGCCUAAAGGCUUAUGGGAAAGAUUUUCACCUCAUCCAAGCCAACAAGGUCCGGACACGCUCGGUGGGAGAGUGCGUAGCCUUCUAUUACAUGUGGAAGAAGUCCGAGCGGUACGACUUUUUCGCUCAGCAAACGCGACUCGGCAAGAGGAAGUACAACCUUCACCCGGGAGUCACGGAUUAUAUGGAUCGGCUGUUAGAUGAGACCGAGAGCACGGCGUCGAGUCGAGCGGCGACGCCCCCUAACACCAUCGGCCAAUCGGAGAAGGAGGACGGCUCCGCCCACAACGGUUUGAGUGUUCACGGCUCGGUCCCCAACGCAGACGUGGAGACCAAACACGAGAACCCGCACUCGCCCCCCCGCGAUUCUAACGGCUGCGAACGCAACGGAUCGCUAAAGCGUCUGCAGGACGGCCAGAGUGCAGAACGGACGAGUAAAAAAUGCAGGACAGAAUCGGACCCCCACGUCCACGCCGACACGGACUCUUCCGAGGUGAAAGAGAACUGAGCCGCCGAGGCGGAACGCAUCCGGACCUUUCCGUCCACGUGAAACGGACUCUUCCGGCCUCACGGAACACUCGAUGCAGGAGACAUGAACUCCUCACGUCUGGUGGUGUGAAGAACACUGACCCGCCGGGGGAGCAGAAACCAAAGGCCAUACCAAACCCAAAUCAUGCAUGGGGUGAGGUUUAUUUUAUAGAUCCUGACGCUAGGAUUCAGUCCCCAUCCCAAAGUGGGCAUGGACGAGAUGCUCGUUAGCGCCCCCUGGUUUUACACACAUCAUGUCUAUUGUAUUUGUAGCGGAAUUCGCCUGAUUAUUUUUUUACCGUUGAGAUAUAUUUAUAUUUUGUAAGUGAAACACUCGUGCAGGUGAGCGAGCGGACGCCCGGAGAGAGACGGGGCAGGUGUGUGUGUGUGUGUGUGUGUGUGUGUGUGUGUGUGUGUGUGUCUCUCACGCCGGCGCUCCACAGCGUUUCUACAGAUUUGUACAGAAAUCACACUUUUGAUAACGCCUCUCUUCCUGAACUCUCACCUGCCUUUUCUUUACAGUUUGAUUAUUUUUGCGCUGCACAAAAAAAGACCUGGAGAUGAAAAUGAAAUGAAUCUCGUUCUCCUGA